AUGGUUGCCUCCGUGAAGCGUACUGUAAGGAUUAAAACCCAACAAGCCAUUUUACCAGAUGUCCCGCCACCAGUGGAAAAUUUCCCAAUGCGCCAUUGGAGCAUUGAGAUUUUUGUCCUGGACGAACAGGGAAACGAGGUUCCUGCAACAAUUUUCGACAAAGUAGUAUACCACCUACACCCAACCUUCGCCAACCCCACCAGGACAUUCACAGAGCCCCCAUUCAAAAUCGAAGAGCAAGGGUGGGGUGGCUUUGAGCUUCUGAUAAGCGGUCACCUACUUGAAAAAGGUGGCGAAAGAAAGCUCACGCACGACUUGCAUUUUAUGAAGGAGGUAUAUGAGGUGGACCAUGUAAUCCAGGUACCCACCAACAAGCCGCUACUGAAAGCAGAAUUACAAAAAACUGGGCCUGUCGAGGAAACAGUAGCAUCAACAGCAGGUACUCCCACCGCAAGCGGAGUAGGCGAAAAGCGCAAAGCCAUUUCCAACGGUGAGUCGAAGAGCAAGAAAGCCAAGACUGGGACAGGUAGUGCAGUUAAAGGCAGCGUCGACUUAGAGAAACUGGCUUUUGGGCUCACAAAACUUAACGAAGAUGAUCUCGUCGGUGUUGUACAAAUGGUCACCGACAAUAGAACCCCAGAUAUGAAUAUCACAAAUAACAUCGAAGAAGGAGAGUUCAUAAUCGACCUGUACAGCUUACCAGAAGGUUUACUGAAGAGCUUAUGGGAGUAUGUCAAGAAAAACACCGAUUAA